AUGGUGGUAGUUGAUAAUAGCCGCGGAGGCGCAUUCGCAUACUACGCGGGUAAGCUGCGAAACAAGGUAGCGACGCGGCGCGGGCUUUUAGGCGACUACGACUACAAGUACCUGUUCACGCCGCAGAUAUUCAAGCGCCAGGAGAAGCGUCAGCCAUUUUUCUCGAUCAAUGCAGAAAUCCCGGUGGUGCUUGGGGUGCUGUUGGGGCUGCAGCACGCGCUGGCGAUGCUGGCGGGCGUGAUCACACCGCCAAUUCUGAUAGCGGCGGCGGCGAACUUUGACAGCGAGACGCAGCAGUACCUAGUGGGCGCGUCGCUGGUGGUGAGCGGGCUUCUGUCGAUGGUGCAGAUCACGCGCGUGCGGAUUCCUUACACGAAUUAUUACAUUGGUUCUGGGAUGUUGUCGGUGGUGGGCACGAGUUUCGGUGUGCUGCCGCUGGUGCAGAGCAUCAUACCAAUUAUGUACCAGACCGGCUACUGCGGUAUGGAUGAGCAGGGGUCACCGCUACCGUGCGUGCGCGGCUACGGGGCGCUGCUCGGAACGUCGUGCGUGUGUGCGCUGUGGGAGGUGCUGCUGAGUUUUAUGCCCGCGCGCUUUCUGAAGAAGCUAUUUCCCAGCGUGGUGACUGGUAGCGUGCUGCUAACUAUGGGCGCGUCGCUAGUCAAGUCCGGGUUCCAGGACGUGCUGGGGGGGUCUGGCUGUGUGGGCGGCAUGUGUCCCCACGAGGGCGCGCCCAUGGCGGCCCCGUACGGCAGCGCCCGCUUCCUCGGGCUUGCGUUCCUCGUGUAUACCACAAUUAUUGUGUGCGAAAGAUGGGGCGCACCGAUAAUGAAGUCCUGUAGUGUCAUCGUCGGCCUGCUCGUCGGUUGCAUCGUGGCAGGCGCCUGCGGCUACUUUGACGGCUCGGGCAUCAGCUCUGCGCGAGCCGUCUCGUUCCCGUGGAUCCAGACAUUCCCGCUCAACGUGUACGGGCCAGCCGUGAUUCCGUUCCUCGUCGUCUAUACGCUUCUGCUCAUGGAAACGCUCGGUGACCUGACGGCGUCUAUGGAGGUGUCGCGCCUGGAGAUGGAGGGUGCGCUGCACGAGUCGCGGCUACAAGGCGGGCUAACUGGCGACGGGCUGAUCGGCGUCCUCGCUGGCCUGAUGACCAUCACGCCCAUGUCAACCUUUGCGCAGAACAAUGGCGUCAUCGCCAUCACGCGCUGCGCCAGCAGAACGGUCGGCUACUGGGCCUGCUUCAUCCUUAUCAUCAUGGGUGUCUUCACCAAGUUUGCAGCCGCCAUCGUCGCCAUUCCGAAGCCCGUAUUGGGUGGCAUGACCUCCUUUCUCUUCACCUCCGUCCUCGUCAGCGGCCUCAAAAUCAUCUCCACUAUCCGCUUCACCCGCCGCGACCGCUUUGUUCUUACAGCGGCGCUGAUGCCGGGCAUUGCCUCGGUGCUCAUCCCGGACUGGUUCAGCCAUGUCUUCAACUACCAGGGCGACAACCACGCUCUACAGGGCCUUCUAAAUGGGGUUACCAUCAUCAUGCAGUCCAGCUACUGUCUAGCUGGCUUCAUUGCAACUAUCCUCAACCUCCUGCUCCCCCAGGACAUGGAGCUCGCGGACGACAACGAUUGGGAGGGCAGCUCUGCCGACAAGAGCUCGAUGAAGGAGCUCGACGCCGUGCAGAUGGACAGCCUUGUGCCGCAGUACGGCGACUUCGAGGCCGCCCACGACUCCUCGCUCAAGACAAAGCAACGCGUGGGGGCUAGUGCGGUCUGA